AUGGGCAUAGCGCUCUACUGUGGACACAACGUUUGCGCGAUGAUGUUCCUUUCAAUCGGAGUAUUCUCCCUCAUUUUUCAGCUAUACGCUCCAGUCAAAAUAUCCUAUGGUUUCUUACUAUCUCGGAUAUGGCAAUUUAUGUGUGGGUCAAUAGCUUAUGAGCUUUCGAAACCAGCUUCUUCCUUCGCUAGGGACAGACCUCUGUUACCUCAAGAAAAAGAGGUCUCGACAAGAAAUGCUUGCAAGCAAGGCAGGAUGAACUUGUCAUACGAGGGCCCGUAUGCACGUACAGGGCUGAUCAACUGCAGUUGCACCAGCAUCUCCACUCCCGCGUGGAGAUGCUGGUGCACCGCGUGGGAAAAGCGGAUUCUCAAUCGUUGA